AUGGGCGGUAUGGGUAAAGCGCAAGACACUCCGGUCGACACUCGGCUCUAUGACUUACUCAAAGUAAAGCCUGAUGCUAGCGACGACGAGAUUAAGAAGGCAUAUCGGAAGCUCGCAAAGGAGUUCCAUCCCGACAAGAAUCCAAAUCAUGGCGAUCUGUUCAAAGAAAUAAGUUUUGCUUAUGAAAUAUUGUCCAAUCCUGAGCGACGUCGUGUGUACGAUUUACGUGGUAUGGAUGGUAUCAAAGAAGGAGGUGCAAGUGCAGGUGGUUUUGGUGGAGAUCUGUUCUCGCAUAUAUUUGGUGAUGACGAAGACUCUCCUUUCGGCGGAUUUUUCGGAAUGGGCGGCGGUGGAAGACGUCGGACUCGACGCAAAUUCCAAGAUACUAUAUACCCCUUGAAUGUGACACUUGAAGAAGUCUAUGUUGGGAAAAAAGCUAAACUGCGGUUAUCCAAGAAAGCGCUUUGUAGCGCAUGCAAAGGAACUGGUGCAAAAACGGGUCAGUCGUACGAAUGCCGCACAUGUCGUGGACGAGGCAUCAAGAAUGUCAUACAACAGAUUGGACCAGGGAUGAUUCAACAAAUGCAAGUUAGAUGCCCUGAUUGCCGUGGUGAAGGGUCAAGAAUUCCUGAUACAGACAAAUGUGGUACGUGCAAGGGAGAAAAAAGCGAGGAGAUUAAAAAAAUACUUGAGGUUCACGUGGAGCCUGGUAUGCAAAAUAACGACAAAAUAACCUUUCCUCGUGAGGGCGAUCAAACGGACCCGGAGAUCGAGCCUGGUGAUGUCGUCAUUGUCAUACAAGUGAAACCUCAUGAAGUCUUUGAAAGAGAGGGUGAUGAUCUCAUUGCCAAAAAGACAAUUUCUUUGAAUGAGGCUUUGUGUGGAUAUGAAAUUCCUCUGAAACAUCUAGAUGGUCGGACACUCAUCCUCAAGAACAAACCCAAUGACAUUAUAACACCUGACUGCAUACGUGGAAUCAUUGGCGAAGGAAUGCCCCAUAGGCGCCACCGUGAUAUUCGUGGAAAUCUCUACAUAAAAUUCAGUGUCACAUUUCCCAAUGAACACUUCUUGGAAGACGAGUCGAAGUAUAAGGUCAAGGAAUUUUCAUAUUUUGCUCAAUAUUUGUCGUUUUCAACUUCCUUUAAUAUCAUUACGUCGUUAGGAGGUCAAGCUUAUGACGAGGAUGCUUCUGAUGAUGAGAUGAGUGGACAUGGACAUCAUGGGCCACAAGUGCAGUGUGCACAAAGCUAG